AUGGACAAUUCAACUAAAACAGUAUUUGUUCUACAAGGAUUGAAUGAGACGGUGUCAAACAAACACACAUACUUCGUUGUCACUCUUCUCGUUUACCUUUUUACUAUUCUAGUGAACCUGACUUUGAUCGUGACAAUUAUUUUGGAGAAAACUCUCCAUGAGCCGAUGUUUCUUUUUCUGUGUAGUUUGUGUGUAAAUGGGAUAUUUGGUGCCUUUACAUUGUAUCCAAAAACAUUGGUGGACCUUUCAUCUGACUUCAGUGUUACUUCGUAUGAAGCCUGUCUGAGUCAAAUUCUUGCAUUAUACAUCUACGCCAGCUGCGAAUUUAAUACGUUAGCAAUAAUGGCUUAUGACAGGUAUAUCGCGAUAUGCAAGCCGCUCAAUUACCACUCCAUCAUCACCCCUCAGAAAGUGAUGAAAUUGGUGCUUUUAACCUGGCUUUUAUCCCUCUGCGAAUCCAGCGGUGCGAUGGCCCUUUUAGCCAGACUACCUCUCUGUGGAUUCAGCAUCGAUAAGAUUUACUGCACAGGCUGGGCAGUGGCAAAGCUGUCGUGUGUUGAUACCACUAUCAACAACAUAUACGGGUCUGCUCUCUCGGUUUUUCACAUUUUACAGGUGGUACUGAUUUUUAUUUCCUAUGUUAAUAUUGUGAAAGCAUCUAUGCGAUCACAAGAAGAUCGGAAGAAGUUCAUGCAAACCUGCUUGCCACAUUUAAUCUCAUUAACCAACUGCACAGUCGCAGUCGUAUUUGACCUCAUGUACGCUCGCUAUGGUUCUAGCACUCGUCUGCAGGCUCUCCGUAACUUCAUGUCCUUGGAGUAUCUUGUUGUUCCCCCGAUCCUAAACCCCCUCAUCUACGGUCUGAAAAUGAACCAGAUCCGCCGGAGAAUCUUCAGAAUUUGGAGGCAGAAAACAGAUGUUCUGAAGUGA